GUCACCGUUCCCUGACUGAACAGUUGGAUGGGGCAUCGGGCGGAUGACAGCGGGAACAGUUGUGAUCACUGGCGGAAUCCUAGCUGCGGUCAUCCUCCUCUCCAUCAUCGCAGUCCUGUGCUACUGUAGGCUCCAGUAUUACUGCUGCAAGAAGAGCGGAGAGGAGGAUGCAGAGGAGGAGGAGGAGGAGCACGACCUGCCCACCCCCUCCAGAAGGCCCCCCUGCAAUGCCUGCAGCGCCCAAGCCCUGGACGGCAGAGGCAGCCUGGCGCCCAUCACCAGUGAGCCCUGCGGCCAGCCAUGUGGGGUGGCAGCCGGCCACUGCGCCACCUGCUCCCCAUACAGCUCCCCCUUUUACAUACGGACAGCGGACUUGGUGCCCAAUGGGGGCGGAAGCGAGAGGUUCUCCUUCGCUCCCACAUACUACAAGGAGGGGGGCCUCCCAUCCUUCCAGCUGGCAGCACCCCAGGGUUACCCGGUGACGUGGCCAGGCUCUGCGCGCGAGGCUUUCACUAAUCCAAGGGCUAUCAGUACAGACGUGUAACCCCUCUCACCCCGAACCCCCACACUCACCCACACGCCGCUCCGUCAGGGACACUGGGCCCGCGGCUGCCUCCCAACACCCCACAGGACUGUCUCCGUUUGCUUGGCUUUUCUUGCCUCGCAGUGGGAGGCUCCCCAGGAUUGAAGCCAUGGGGUGCUUGGAUGGCAGCUGUGCCGGGUUCUCUGUUGGGACAUUCCUCCUUCCUGGGGCCAACUCCAGCACCCCCAGGCCCUCUCCUUCCCCACCCACACCCCCGGCUUUGCCAGUCUUGUGAGAGGAAGGAAAGCUGUGCAAAGGUCUGGAGGCCUCCAGCAUCCUUGGGGGGUGAAAGGAGAAGGGGGCCACAGGGCAGGGGGCCAGGGCACAGUAAACCUGCAGCAUUUGAGAAGGAAGGGGAUGGUGUUAAAGGGACCGCUUCAGGACUUGCUUGCUAAAACAAAUCCAAAAGCCAGCUCACCAUCUAGUUUUGUCUUUUCGGUUGUCGGAGACUGCAAAGCCUGUAACUGCUCAGAUAUAGCUGUUGAUUCCUGACCACAGCACAGCUGUGACUGCACCCUUCCUUGUGGACGCGUGGAGUUGGCUCUGAAGGCAUCAGGUUGCUGUGAGGAAUGCACCUACAAGCGACUGUCUAACCUUGCCUCCCCCCACAUCCACGCUGUGCUUCGGGAACCAGCUGCCUCACUGAGAACCUUCUCAAGAGUUGUCACUAGAGUUCGAGUAGCUUAGCCAGUGAGGUCCUGCUGACGGUCUCCGGGGCCGUGGUCCCCCACAGCGAGCGGUGUGUGGGGGUACAGUCCCGCGGGGCGCGUGCCUUCUCUGGUGUGUGCACACACGCCUGUCACCACCAGCACCAGGCUUUGCUGCCUCCAGGAGCUGCAGCGUGGAAGGGUCUCGAUGUAGCAACUAGAAGGGAAAACCUGACCCCCAGGCAGCAUGAGCAGAGGGUGCUCAAGGUGACCAGGCCCCACAGCAGUGAGGUGGCUGCUACAGGAGGAGGCCGAGGCGCCUCCCCGGGGAUGCUGCCGCCCUGAUCGCCCCUCUCCUCUGUCAUGCAGCCACGACCCAGUAGAGCCAGACCGCUGGUUCCACCAGGGCCAGCGCCUGAGGACCAGAGGGAUCUGACUUAGCAGCUGGGUUCUGCUUGCUGCCCAACCCCCCGUCUCCGGGAGAGGGCCUUCUCAUGGCUGUCUCACUCUAGCCCGAGUCCAACUCCCACUUCCCACUUCUAACUCAGCCUUGGCCUCAUACCGUGGGAGUGAAUGCUUCUGAUGAGUUUUCCAGUUGCCGAUGCAGUAAGGAGUGGCUGCACCCCCUCUGAAGGGCAUAACCAACUCCCACCCACUCCAGACUCACUGAAUGCUGCAGAGGGUGGGGCAGGAAAGGAGCUGGCCCUUCUGCGCUGAAAUAUUGAUUCUGUAUUUGAGAAAGGACGGGGGGCAGCCAGGGGAGGGGAGGCGGGGAGAAUUCACCGCACCUUUGCAUCACCGUUCAGGCUCGGGUCACCCUGCAUCUCCGUCUGCAAGGCUCACUGGGUUGAGAACCAGAGGACCUCGGCCGAGCCACCCUGUGGUCACUCAUUCGCUCCAGAAACAGUCACUUAUCUUCUCUGAGACCCCAUUCCCUCCAGGUGACUGAGACUUGCCCAGAUGGACUCCAGGGGCCCUUUGAGGACUGCCUGCCUAGGUCUGCCAGCCAGCCACACUCUCUCGCCCCAGUCCUCACAGGCGCUGGACACACUUGCCAACUGCCUGAUCCUGUGUGCAGGGA